AUGGGCGAGCAGUUGCUGGCUGGCCCUGGCGCAUCGCGCGCUCCUCAGUUGUCCAUCACUGAUCCAAAGGUGUGCCGCUCCUACCUUGUCGGCACCUGUCCUCACGACCUGUUUACCAACACCAAACAAGAUCUCGGUCUGUGUCCAAAGACCCACAGCGAAGCCCUGAAGUCCGAGUACGAAAACGCAGACGACCAACAAAAGCGCAAAUGGGGCUUCGAGUUCGACUACAUGCGAGACAUGCAAAAAUACAUCGACGACUGCAACCGACGCAUCGACAGCGCCCAGCGCCGCUUGGAAAAGACUCCCGAUGAGAUUCGCCAAACGAAUGCUCUUCUGAAACAGAUUGGCGAGCUGUCGCGCAACAUCGAGGACGGGCUGGUCGAAGUUCAGAUCCUGGGCGAGUUGGGCAGUGUCAACACGGCCGUCACAGAGUACUUCCGUAUCAGGCAGCAAAAACAAUUGAAGGAGGAUCGCGAACGUGAGCUCAAGGCUCUAUCCGACACUUCGGGCCCUCGGGUCACCAGAAGCUCCAAGUCUGCGAUGUGUGUGGUGCAUACCUGA